CAGCGGGCAACCUUCCACGUAGCGACAACGGCGAUGAGUCACCGGACAUCACCGAUCUAUUUAUAUCCUUAAUUAUCAUCUCCGCAAAAGCAACUUUCGCCGGAAUAACGACGAAGCUGGGAAGGUCGAUCAUAUCAGCAAUGGAAUACAAGAGGGAGGAGCACAAUGACAUGAUUCCGCAGACGGACGCAUACGGCAACCCCAUCCGCACCCCCGUCAGCCAAGGCUACGGCGGCGUCAGCGCCGGCGAGGAGAAGCACCACCAGAGCGCCGGAAUCACGGGAAUCCUCCACCGCUCCGGCAGUUCAAGCUCCAGCUCAUCUGAGGAUGAUGGGAUGGGCGGGAGGCGGAAGAAGAAGAAGGCACUAAAGGAGAAGAUCAAAGAGAAGUUACCGGGUGCUCACAAGAGUGAAGAACAGAAGGCGAGGCAGGACGGAGAGUACGAGCACGAGCACGAGAAGAAGGGAUUCAUGGAGAAGAUCAAGGAGAAGUUGCCUGGCACCCAUAAAGACUACUAGAUUUUGUAAUUCCUUGUGCUUGAAAAGCUCUCAUGUUAGCUAGUUACCUGGCAGUGUAAGGGGGCAAUCUAGUUUUUAAACUAAAUGUUGUCUAAAAAUAAAUCAAAUGUUUUUAA